CCCAGCCCUGUGAGAGGCAGUUCGGCCCACUGUGCACAAAAACAUGGCGAAGUGAAGAUUUCAGCUGCGUGGAUAUUUGCGGAGUACUUUCAUAUAUCGAAAAAAAGAGGGGUUCGUCAAACACACUUCGUGUAACCACUGAGAGAGGAUUUCCUCUCCACUCCAGCAUCCUGAUUUGAAGAUGGAGUCUUCGGACAAUGCGGGCGACGCGGGCGACGCAGCCCCCAUGAGCGCUCAGAACGUGUACUCGGCCCUGGGUCUGAGCUCGGAGGACGUCGAGGCUUUGGCUCAGAUCCCCGAGAACGAGAUCAGCGUGGAAACCUUACCGUAUCUCAUCAUGCAGCUCAAAGCCAAGCGAGCCGAAAAGGCGGCCGCCGCUACCGACACGGACUGUAGCGACAAACCGGAGGCGGAGCCUAAACAGGCCGACGAGGAUACGGAAACUUCGGAAAAAGGAAAAGAGAAACGUGAAAGCCCGCCAGCGUCGAGUUCUUCACGUCAAGCGUCCGGCCACGACCCGGAGCAUCAUGGGAAGGGGGAGGGUCACAGGAGGGCGGAGCGAGCGAGUACGGGAGGAAGGAAGGACUCCAGAACGAGGAAGUCAUCCCGAGAGAGACAGAGCGGAGAGGGAGUGACGCCAGAGGAAAACGAGUUCGAUGACAAACCGACGGUUUUCCCGCACAUCUGUACACUCUGCAAGACUGAGAGCAAUGGCUCCAAGGCAUGGCACAGUCACAUCCGGGGAAUCCGACACACCAAAGCACGGAGAGAGUUCAUGAUGCUGUCCGGCUCAGGGGAUGACUCGUACUCGUCUCGUCGAGGUUCUCGCUCGGCUCUGCCCAGUAAACGGUCCUACAGUUCAGAACGGAGCACAGGAGACCUAUCCUCAACUUCAGAGCGUUUUUUUCACCCUCCUAAGCCCUUCACGAAGGUGGUAGUGGCCAAAUAUCCGAUGGGCAGCAUGGCCGUGGCGGACAUGUUGGCACUGGGAAAACCGUUUGGAACCAUAGUGAAGCAUCUCAUCUUCCCUUUUAAGGGAUUUCUGGAGUUCAGCUCUCAUGCAGAAGCGAAGGACAUGGUGACUCACUAUCAGACUAAACCCGCUUAUAUUAAGGGUCAGCGCAUCAGUCUGUGUUUAUCCCCGACCGUGGAGGUCAUCCACCCUCCAGAAGCGUACGAGCCGUCGACGAAGCGCUCGAAGUCGUCCGCCCCGUCGGUGGUGUGUUUCUCGCGUCUGCCUCUGGGGAAAGAGACCGAGGACAAGGUGCUGGAACUGGCGGCUUUAUUCGGGGAAGUGCGCUAUUCCAAAUUCACUGAAGACAAGGCUCUGAUAGAGAUGGUGGAUUGGCGUGACGCGGACAUCAUGGUGAAGUACUAUCACUCCAACCCACUGAGGAUUCAAGACAAGAGCAUCAAAGUGUCCAUGUCCUCCCGAUCAAACAUACGAGACAGCAGCCCCGAGCGUUCUUCCUCCAAAAAGUCCGACUCCAGCAAGAGCCACAGCAGCAGCAGCAGCAGACAGAAAAGCGAUUCGUCUUCCUCCAAGAGUGCGUCCAACGUCAAGGACAAGGAGAAGACCGACGAGAAGGAGGGGGAGAAGAAAGAGGAGAAGGAGGGGGAGAAAAAAGAGGAGAAGGAGGGAGAGAAGAAAGAAGGCGAGGAGGCCGAGAUGAAGGAGGACGAUGUGGCGAACGAGGAAGGCAUUCAGGUGGAGGAAGAACACGGCCUGGUAGACAAAGGGGAAGCGGAGAGCAUCGCCGUGAUGACGGAAGAAGUACAAGAGAAGGAGGAGGCGGCGGAGAAGGAAGGAGUGGAGCAGGUUGAUGCCAAGGAGGAGAGGAAAGAGGAAGAGGCGCAAGUUCAGGAGGGAAAAGACGAGAGUAAAGGAGAGCGAGGAUCCGAGGAGGACGUGGAGGAACAGGAUGAUAUGGAGGACAUGGAGUUCCCAGAUAACAUGGAUGACUUUGUCACUCUGGAUGAGCUGGACAACACGGCCGGAGAUUCGUUAGAGUCCUCCGAACCCCAGGAGGGUAAGGUUGUUGUUGUGAGACCCAUCAGGAACGAGUUUAAAGAGACUCGUAAGAAAGCCAUGAGAGAAGCUCUGUUCAAGAUGGCCGCCCCAUUCGGUGAAGUGGUCAACUUCGCCAUCUCCUACUACAGACACGAGGCUCUGAUUGAACUGGAAUCUGUGGAGAAAGCACACGAGAUGGUGAAGUACUAUAAAAGCAGUAAGAGGUCGAAGCUGUGUGGGAGACCCGUGUCCGUGUCGCUGUGUCUGGCCUUCCACACCAUUGAGGGUCCCAGUGGCAGAACGUUGUUUAUCAGCAUGCUUCCUCCUUUCAAGUAUUCAGACAAGUCCCUCCUCAGACUCGCACGGCCUUUUGGGAAAAUCACCGCCUAUUGCUUCAACAGAGUGUAUGGAACGUGUUAUAUCCAAAUGGAGACAGUGGAAGCGGCUGAGAAAAUGAUCCAGAGGUACUUACCCUGGCCUCUUAAAUUCUACGGCACUCCGCUAAAGAUUACUAAGUGCAGGAAAGGAGACUCUCUGAUUCCCUGGACUCCAGCGGAUAAGUUUGAGUGCUGGUACGAGCCGAAGCUGGGGAGAAACAUCGAGGACAGGAGAGAGAACGGCCAGACGGCCAAAAACAGCAGCGGGGAGGACCGCCACAGUCCUGUUUCCAGCUCUGAAGGUGUGUGUGGAGAUCCUGCAGCCGAGGGUGAAGAUUCGGAGGAAGAGGAGAAAGACCAGACCCCCCUCGGACCCUACCAACCCGACAACCCCGUGGGUAUCAGCUACGUCGUCCCCAAGAGCGGCUUCUUCUGCAAGCUGUGUAACGUUUUCUACACGGACGAGAAAAAGGCCAAGUCGCAACACUGCAGCAGCCUGGAACAUUACAACAUGCUGAAGAAGAAGCGUGGAGAGGUGACGGAGGAGGAACAGACGGACGGACAGACAGAAGGAUGAAUGAACGAGCCGUGGAGAUCAGACACCUGACUUCACUGCAGUCCAUAAAAAUGUUGUUUUUUUUUUUUUUUGAGUUUAAAAAAAAAACAAAAAAAGCCCCAAGGAAAACAUUCCAGCCUCCGUGUUUCCGUCUUCGUUUUGUUACAUAUACUUCGUUUUGUUUUAUUUGACAAACCGCGCGAGAGAGAGAGAAAUCAAGAGAAAAAAUCCUAAAGUUCUAAAUUGUUUCAGGUGGUGUGUGUGUGUGUGUGUGUGUGUGUGAGUGAGAGCAGAGUAGGGGUUUACAGCCAUCGUAGAUUCUUAUCAAAUAAAAUUCUGUUUGAACAAAAGCUUCAUCCCCCCCCUCCCCCUUCUUAUUCUCUCACGCUCGGAGUGUGUUCUCCUAUACGUUUAUAUCCAAAACUAGACGUGCUAAUAACAUAGUUUCAUGAAUGUUUUAUCGUUAAAGAUGCGACUUUAAAUAAUUUCGGUAAACACAAACGAUGAGUGACAUUUACCAUGCGAUUGAGCUGUAGAGGCGUGUCAGUUCACAGAACGAUUGACGGUGCAGUUUCCCCAGCAACGUUUUAAAAAACCCCCCCAAAGAAUAAAAUUGCUAAUAAAAUCGAGUAGGAAUGACGCAACGUUCUGCACAGCUUUUGUUUUUUGUGAGAGAACAAUAUCACAACGGUACACCCCUGUGACGUGUCGUUUGUGAACGAGUCGGCCAUUUCAGCCCUUGGAGUAACGCUGUUUCAUUCAUUAGUAGCUAGAGUAAGAUUUCGUUCAACAAUUCCAGACUUGGGUAUCCAAAGAAGAACAGUCACGGGUCAUAAUACCGCAGAAACUGUUUGUGAACCGACUCUUAUCGAUGAGCCGAGUCAGAUGAUCCGACUCACCAAGGAGAGCCAGAUGUACUGUAUUUCUAGGGUCACAAGUUGAAUAGCGCCACCUUGAGUACACACACGCACAUGCAUG